CAGCUUUUACUCUCCCUCUUUUGCCCUUUGUCCGAAACUGCAACUGCGGCAUAUCGUCUCUUGCUUUAGGUUAUCGCCGUCAUGAUGCAGCAGCCACCUCCCGCCGCUAACGGUGCCGCCGCAGGAUCAGGUCAGAUCCCUUCGGACCAGCAAGCUUACCACCACCACCAGUCGUGGAUGAUGCAGCAGCAGCAAGGUCAGCCGCCGGCAGCAUGGAAUCCUCAGUCGGCGCCGUCUCCGGUUCAACAGUACGGCGGUGGAUCUCAGACUCCAGGAUCAGCUGGAGAGAUCAAAUCCUUGUGGAUCGGAGACUUGCAGCCAUGGAUGGACGAAGGCUACCUCAUGAGCAUCUUCUCUAUCACCGGCGAGGUUCAACAAGCUAAAGUCAUACGCAAUAAACUGACCGGGUUAACCGAAGGCUACGGGUUUAUUGAGUUUGUGUCCCAUGCUGCAGCUGAGAGGAUUCUCCAGACGUACAACGGAGCUCAGAUGCCUAACUGUGAGCAGACCUUUAGGCUGAACUGGGCUCAGCUUGGAGCUGGAGAGAGACGCCAGUCUGAUGGGCCCGAGCACACUGUUUUUGUUGGAGAUCUGGCGCCUGAUGUUACUGACUACGUGCUUACGGAAACGUUCAAGGCUGUGUAUUCCUCUGUGAAGGGAGCAAAAGUUGUGACUGAUAGGGCCACUGGACGGUCCAAGGGAUACGGGUUUGUGAAGUUUGGGGAUGAAAGUGAGCAGAUAAGGGCAAUGACUGAGAUGAAUGGUCAGUACUGCUCGUCUAGGCCUAUGCGUAUUGGUCCAGCUGCUAACAAGAAGCCUCUUACAAUGCAACAGCAACCAGGUGCAUAUCAGAACACUCAAGGAAACCCCGGAGAAGGUGAUCCAACUAACACAACGAUUUUUGUUGGAGCUUUGGAUGAAAGUGUGACAGAAGAUGUUUUGAAGUCAGUUUUUGGUCAAUUUGGUGAACUUGUUCAUGUGAAAAUACCAGCAGGAAAACGUUGCGGAUUUGUUCAAUAUGCUAUUAGGGGAUGUGCAGAGCAAGCACUCAACUCGUUGAAUGGAACACAACUUGGCGGACAAAGCAUUCGUCUUUCAUGGGGUCGCACUCCUUCCAACAAGCAGACUCAACCUGAACAAGCUCAGUAUGGUGGCGGUGGUGGUGGAUACUAUGGGUAUCCUCCUCAGGGAUAUGAAGGUUACGGAUAUGCGCCACCUCCUCAGGACCCUAACGCCUACUAUGGUGGCUACCCUGGUGCCGGCUAUGGAAACUACCAGCAGCCUGGUGGCUACCAGCAGCAUCAGCAGUGAAGCAUGAUGUGUAUGUCGUGAUCGGAGCUGAAGUUCCAGAAAGCUGUCUGUGAUGGACCACACCCUUUGGAAAAUGGUGAAUUGAGUUAUUGAAGUGGAUGUGUAUUAGCUCAUGUCUCAGAUUCUCUCCACAACUCUUGUUUUCUUUUGUUUGUUUUCUCUGGCGUGACAAUUGUGAGCGCUUUUUGUCAUUUGACCACUAUGUUUCUUGUUGUUGUUUCUGUAUUGUUUUCUUGCAUCCCCACUAUGACAGAUUCUAUAAUAGCUUGUCCUGUUUUUAAUUAUUUUCAA